AUGGCCGCCGCGUCCCGAGCCCGCGCGCGCCCCGCCCCCGGCGCCCCCGCCGCGCCGCGCUUCCGGCGCGCGGACAGAGACGUCACCGCCGCCCCGGAAGUGCGGUCGGAUGGGCGGAAGAGAGAGCGAGGGAAGAGGACGCUUUCCGAGACCUCUGUGGGCGCCGAGGUACCGGGAAAGGCCGGGCCGUGGGCCGGGCCCGGGCGGUCCGAGCGGCUCCGGCUGCCUGCCCGGCUCCCUGCCCGCGGCCUGCCCGGCUGCCUGCCCGCGGCCUGCCCGGCUCCCUGCCCGGCUGCCUGCCCGCGGCCUGCCCGGCUGCCUGCCCGCGGCCUGCCCGGCUCCCUGCCCGGCUCCCUGCCCGCGGCCUGCCCGGCUCCCUGCCCGCGGCCUGCCCGGCUCCCUGCCCGCGGCCUGCCCGGCUGCCUGCCCGGCUCCCUGCCCGGCUGCCUGCCCGCGGCCUGCCCGGCUGCCUGCCCGGCUCCCUGCCCGCGGCCUGCCCGGCUGCCUGCCCGGCUCCCUGCCCGGCUGCCUGCCCGCGGCCUGCCCGGCUGCCUGCCCGCGGCCUGCCCGGCUGCCUGCCCGCGGCCUGCCCGGCUGCCUGCCCGGCUCCCUGCCCGCGGCCUGCCCGGCUCCCUACCCGCGGCCUGCCCGGCUGCCUGCCCGCGGCCUGCCCGGCUGCCUGCCCGGCUCCCUGCCCGGCUGCCUGCCCGCGGCCUGCCCGGCUCCCUGCCCGGCUCCCUGCCCGCGGCCUGCCCGGCUCCCUGCCCGCGGCCUGCCCGGCUCCCUGCCCGCGGCCUGCCCGGCUCCCUACCCGCGGCCUGCCCGGCUGCCUGCCCGCGGCCUGCCCGGCUGCCUGCCCGGCUGCCUGCCCGCGGCCUGCCCGGCUCCCUGCCCGGCUGCCUGCCCGGCUCCCUGCCCGCGGCCUGCCCGGCUCCCUGCCCGCGGCCUGCCCGGCUGCCUGCCCGGCGGCCUGCCCGGCUGCCUGCCCGCGGCCUGCCCGGCUCCCUGCCCGCGGCCUGCCCGGCUGCCUGCCCGGCGGCCUGCCCGGCUGCCUGCCCGCGGCCUGCCCGGCUGCCUGCCCGCGGCCUGCCCGGCUGCCUGCCCGGCGGCCUGCCCGGCUGCCUGCCCGCGGCCUGCCCGGCUCCCUGCCCGGCUCCCUGCCCGCGGCCUGCCCGGCUCCCUGCCCGCGGCCUGCCCGGCUCCCUGCCCGGCUCCCUGCCCGCGGCCUGCCCGGCUCCCUACCCGCGGCCUGCCCGGCUCCCUGCCCGCGGCCUGCCCGGCUCCCUGCCCGGCUCCCUGCCCGCGGCCUGCCCGGCUGCCUGCCCGGCUCCCUGCCCGCGGCCUGCCCGGCUCCCUACCCGCGGCCUGCCCGGCUCCCUGCCCGGCGGCCUGCCCGGCUCCCUACCCGCGGCCUGCCCGGCUCCCUGCCCGGCGGCCUGCCCGGCUCCCUGCCCGCGGCCUGCCCGGCUCCCUGCCCGCGGCCUGCCCGGCUCCCUGCCCGGCGGCCUGCCCGGCUCCCUGCCCGGCUCCCUGCCCGGCUGCCUGCCCGCGGCCUGCCCGGCUCCCUGCCCGGCGGCCUGCCCGGCUGCCUGCCCGCGGCCUGCCCGGCUCCCUGCCCGCGGCCUGCCCGGCUCCCUACCCGCGGCCUGCCCGGCGGCCUGCCCGGCUGCCUGCCCGCGGCCUGCCCGGCUCCCUACCCGCGGCCUGCCCGGCUCCCUGCCCGCGGCCUGCCCGGCUCCCUACCCGCGGCCUGCCCGGCUCCCUGCCCGGCUCCCUACCCGCGGCCUGCCCGGCUCCCUGCCCGGCGGCCUGCCCGCGGCCUGCCCGGCUCCCUACCCGCGGCCUGCCCGGCUCCCUGCCCGGCGGCCUGCCCGCGGCCUGCCCGGCUCCCUGCCCGGCGGCCUGCCCGCGGCCUGCCCGGCUCCCUACCCGCGGCCUGCCCGGCUCCCUGCCCAGGCCGUGCACCUCCCGCGCAGGCUGCGGCUCGUGGGGAAGGCCAGUCCCGCCCCGGCCGUGCACCUCCCGCGCAGGCUGCGGCUCGUGGGGAAGGCCGGUCCCGCCCCGGCCGUGCACCUCCCGCGCAGGCUGCGGCUCGUGGGGAAGGCCGGUCCCGCCCCGGCCGUGCACCUCGGCUGGUGGGGAAGACGCUCCCGGGCCGGCCGGGCGCCGCGGCUCACGCCCACCCUCCUCGCUCGCCAGCGGCGGAGCCCGCACGGGAGCGUCCGCGAGACUCAUCUCCAAUCAAGAACUGGCCCUGGCUCCGCGGUGGAGCGCUAG